UUCAAGGGGCGAACUACAAGCUACUCAAUAGGGUUAAAAUCCAUAGGCCUCCGAAGAUUUGGUGGACAUUAUCAGAGGCACGUUUCCCAGAACUGCGAAGAGAAGCUGAAGCGAUUCUGCAGGAAGCUUUCCCUAAAGGAACUAUGGAGAACGGAAGGGCAGACACUGUGCAGAUAAGGCAAGUUCUGCUUCUUUUUGUUUUGCUAGGAAUGUCUCAGGCGGGUUCCGAGUCUGGGCACUUUUCGGUGGCAGAGGAAAUGCAGAGUGGGAGCUUUGUAGGCAAUUUGGCAAAAGACCUGGGACUAGAAGUGGGUGAGCUGGUCUCAAGAGGGGCUCAGGUGGUCUCUAAUGAUAACAAAAGGCGUUUGCAGCUGGACAUAAACAACGGAGAUUUGCUCUUAAGCGAAUCACUAGACAGGGAGGAGCUCUGUGGCUCCACGGAGCCCUGUGUGUUGCAUUUCCAGGUAUUAAUGAAAAACCCUUUGCAGUUUUUACGGAUUGAGCUCCAGGUCAGGGAUAUAAAUGACCACUCUCCUGUCUUCUUAGAAAAAGAAAUGCUCUUAGAAAUCCCAGAGAAUAGUCCUGUUGGUGCUGUGUUCUUACUAGAAAGCGCGAAGGAUUUAGAUGUAGGAAUCAACGCUCUAAAGAACUACACAAUAAGCCCCAACUCUUAUUUCCACAUUAAAAUGAGAGUCAAUCCAGACAAUAGGAAAUAUCCGGAGUUGGUUCUGGACAAGGCACUGGAUUAUGAAGAGCAGUCCGAGCUCAGUUUCAUCCUCACUGCUCUGGAUGGCGGGUCUCCGGCCAGGUCCGGGACUGCCUCGGUUCGGGUGGUGGUUGUGGACGUUAAUGACAAUUCCCCUGAGUUUGAGCAGCCAUUUUAUGAGGUGAAGAUUCCAGAGAAUAGCAUAUUGGGCUUAAUCAUUGUCACCGUUUCCGCUUGGGAUUUAGACUCAGGAAAAAAUGGAGAAGUAUCAUAUUCUUUUUCCCAUGCCUCAGAAGAUAUUCGCAAGACAUUUGAAAUUAAUCAAAAGUCCGGAGAAAUCAGUUUAACGGCAUCCAUGGAUUUUGAAACAAUUGAAUCAUACUCAAUAAUCAUUCAAGCCACAGAUGGGGGAGGCCUCUUUGGAAAAUCAACAGUCAGAAUUCAGGUGAUGGAUGUGAAUGACAAUGCUCCUGAAAUUGCCGUGUCAUCAAUUACCAGUCUAAUACCAGAAAAUUUGCCUGAGACUGUGGUUAUGGUUUUUAGCAUACGAGACAGAGACUCUGGGGACAAUGGGAGGAUGAUUUGUUCUAUCCCAGAAAACCUCCCUUUCAUAGUAAAAUCUUCUGUUGAGAAUUACUACACAUUGGAAACGGAGAGAAUGCUGGAUAGAGAGAGCCAGGCCGAGUACAACAUCACCAUCACC